GGUUGUCAUACCCUGCCACGAUGUUGCCUCGACUGGUCUGCAUCAGUGAUUAUGAAGAGCAUGCCCGAUCAGUGCUUCAGAAGUCAGUAUAUGACUAUUACAGGUCUGGGGCAAAUGAUCAGGAGACUUUAGCUGAUAAUAUCAGAGCAUUUUCUAGAUGGAAACUCUAUCCACGGAUGCUUCGCAACGUUGCUGAUAUCGAUCUGUCAACUUCUGUUUUAGGGCAGAGAGUCAGCAUGCCAAUAUGUGUUGGGGCUACUGCCAUGCAGUGCAUGGCUCAUGUGGAUGGGGAGCUGGCCACUGUGCGAGCCUGUCAGACCAUGGGAACUGGCAUGAUGCUGAGUUCUUGGGCUACUUCCUCAAUAGAAGAAGUGGCAGAGGCUGGCCCAGAGGCACUCCGCUGGAUGCAACUGUACAUCUACAAAGACCGUGAGAUCAGCAGGCAGAUAGUGAAGCGAGCUGAGCAGAAGGGUUACAAGGCCAUAUUUGUGACUGUGGACACCCCUUACCUGGGCAAUCGCAUUGAUGAUGUGCGGAACAGGUUCAAGCUGCCGCCACAACUCAGGAUGAAAAACUUCGAAACCAAUGAUUUGGCAUUUUCUCCUAAGGGAAAUUUUGGAGACAACAGUGGACUUGCUGAAUAUGUGGCACAAGCCAUAGACCCAUCUCUCAGCUGGGAUGAUAUUAAAUGGCUCAGACAAUUCACAUCACUGCCUAUUGUUGUAAAGGGCAUUUUGAGAGGUGAUGAUGCCAGAGAAGCUGUUAAACAUGGUGUGGAUGGGAUCUUGGUGUCGAAUCAUGGGGCACGGCAACUGGAUGGGGUGCCAGCUACUAUUGAUGUCCUGCCAGAGAUUGUUGAGGCUGUGGAAGGGAAGGUAGAAGUCUUCCUGGAUGGUGGAGUUAGGAAAGGCACUGAUGUUCUCAAAGCCCUGGCCCUAGGAGCCAAGGCUGUUUUUGUGGGAAGACCCAUCAUCUGGGGCUUGGCUUUCCAGGGGGAGAAAGGUGUUCAGGAUGUCCUUGAGAUACUGAAGGAAGAAUUCCGGCUGGCCAUGGCUCUGAGUGGGUGCCAGAAUGUGAAAGUCAUCGACAAGACAUUGGUGAGGAAAAAUCCUUCGGCUGUUUCCAAGAUCUGACAGUGCACAAUAUUUUCCCAUCUGUAUUAUUUUUUUUCCAGCGUGGAUUACUUGACAAAGAGACACUGUGCAGAGGGUGACCACAGACUGUAACUCCCCACUUCAAUACAAAGGGUGUCGUUCUUUUCCAACAAAAUAGCCACCCCUUCUCCUUCAUUGCUUUUGACUUUUCAAUGGGUGUCCUAGGAACCUUCUAGAAAGAAAUGGACUUGCAUCCUGGAAAUAUAUUAACUGUUAAAAAGAAAACAUUGAAAAUGUGUUUGGGCAACGUCAUCCCCUGGCAGGCUAAAGUGCUGGGGAACAAAAGAUAUCCUCUGGUGAGAUUGAAGGUAGCAUGCUGAAGUGAAAGAUACCGACCUCACUGUUUAUUAACCUGUCUUCUGUUUAGAUUUCCUUAAUACAGUGGCUCUUACCGUGUGCACUGGGCUUUGAAAUGCUGGAAAUGCCCAGAGAAACAUGAGGUUUGGAUUUGCCAUGUUGAGAGAAAGCACCGGGUAGAAUUGAAAUGGAUGGUGGUCAUUUGUGAUUUUUUUUUCUAGAGACUUCAUUUUUUUAACACCCUAUUUCUUUGAAGGUAGAUUUUUAGCUAUAUAUCGCAAGUCUGAAUAUGUCUAGAUGUUUUGUGGUGGUCACUGCAUUUGAAAGGGAUGUGUUUAGUCCACUUGGGACCACAUGGAGCUAUUUUUACUUUUGAACUUUGUCUCCUCAUUCCCAUUUUAAAGUAAGUGUCGACUUUCUAAUGCCCCUUGAAUCUUUUUCGAUUUUCUCACCUCUCCCCAUUUAUAAGUCACGUUCAGUGCCAAGUAUAUAUUUUGUGGGGUCUGCGAUGAAUAAAGAUUUGAAAUUCUUGCUCAGAAGGAAGGCAAAAA